AUGGCCAACAUCACGACUUGCCCAUUGGGCAGUGAUGAUCAAUUUGGUCCUCGUAUCGACUUCGAUUGCCGCCCGUUCGAUUUCACGCUUCUCUUCGAGGAUGCGGUCUUUCAAUUGGUGCCCGCGACAGUGUUUCUGCUUCUCAUUCCUGUCAGGCUGAUCUCACUAUGGCGUACACCGAAGAAGCUAACCACUUACCAACUUGCUCUCUGGAAAUUGGCGCUUUUGACGGUUCUUACAGUAGCUCAUCUAGUGUUCUUGAUCUUGCAGACCAAGACACCAGCUAUCAGGACGAAGCUGUCUCUUGCGGCUGGUAUCUUGAAUUUCAUCGCAGUCUUUGUGGCGUCUUUCCACUCCGUACUCGAAGAUCAACGUUCCAUACGGCCGUCCGAUCUCUUGAUCCUGUACUUCUCAACUUCCGCCAUUCUCGCGCUACCCCGUCUUCGUUCUCUCUGGCUUAUUGCAUCAGUCAAUUCUGCGAAAGCUGUCUGGACAACCAUACUCAUUCUCACGACUCUUGUUGUACCUCUGGAAUCCAUUGGGAAGAAGAAGUUCCUCUUCCCAACGUACCAAUCGAUUACCAAAGAGGAAGAAAUCAGCUUUUGGGGCCGCAGCUUCUUCACAUGGCUUCUCCCGUUCUUUCGCCUCGGCUACUCGCGCGUAAUCCAGGUCAGCGACAUGCCCGACAUCGACGCUGAUCUGUCAGGCGAGAAGGCUGGCUACGCUCUCGAAACGGCCUGGACUAAGCGGAAAGGAGAGAAACAUUACCCUUUGCUCCGCGCAAGCUGCUAUGCCUGCCGCGGAACCCUGUUCCUCGGUGUCAUCACCCGCCUGUGCCUCUCAGCGUUCACGUUUUGCCAACCCUUUUUGAUCACAGCGACAGUGGGAUUCAUGCAAACCCCGAAAACACCUCAAUCAGAGCGAUACGGCCAGGCUUUGGUCGGAGCAUACGUGCUCACAUACUUCGGCCUGGCAGUCUCGCGGGCUGCGUACUCUCGGCAGCAGUACCGUUUCACGACAAUGUUGAGGGCAGGGUUGACAAGUCUGAUCUUCAGGCAGACGGUGUCACUCAAGGCGGAUGAUUUGAAGGACAGCGCGGCCGUCACUUUGAUGGGCACCGACGUCGAGCGGAUUGUCACUACAUUCGCCAUGUUCCACGAGAUCUGGGCGUCGGUGCUCGAGGUCGGCAUCGCCGUUUUCUUGUUACAGCAGCAGAUCGCCGUUGCUUCUGUUGUACCCGUCGUCAUUUCAAUCGUCUGUGUUUUGGGGGUGAUACCCAUCUCAAGAAACAUCGGCAAGGCUCAAACUACGUGGAUCGAAUGGGUCCAGAAGAGAGUUGCAGUUACAGCAACCAUGAUAGGAGACAUGAAGGCAAUCAAGAUGCUCGGACUCCACGACGUCUUAUCGAAGGUCGUUCUAGAACUGCGACGAGUGGAAAUCAGCAAAUCCACAAGAUUUCGCAAGCUUCUCCUUUGGCAAAUCCUCGUUUCAAAUCUUCCGCUCGAAUUCGCCCCCUUUGCGACUUUCGUCAUCUACAGCAUCAUCGCCGUCAUAACGAAGGAUCAGACUCUUACGUCCACAAACGCCUUCACUGCCCUGUCGCUGAUCGGCCUUCUGACCAGCCCCCUGCUCUACUUCUGCCAAUACGUUCCAAACAUCAUUCAAGGCGUAGCUUGUUUCAGAAGAAUCGAGGCUUUUUGCCUGAAGACAUCGAAAGUUUCUUUGGAGGAGAGGUCAUCAAGCCCAUACUCCAUUGCUUCCAUCGGCAGCGGCGUGGAACUUGCCGCGCGUUCUACUGCUAGAAUUUCAGAGGAUGCGAUCACUUCUUUUCAUUCUGCAGAUAUCGCGUGGUCACCAGACACGGACUUGGUCUUGCAGAAUCUCGACCUGAGUAUUUCCCAGGGGGUCACUAUGGUCGUCGGCCCCGUCGGCUCCGGGAAGUCCUGCCUCCUCGAAAGCAUUCUCGGGGAAACCGAUAUCCGGGACGGCUCUCACGUUACCCCGACUGACAGUCUCGCCUAUUGCCCGCAGAACCCAUGGAUACUGAACAACACGAUCCGGCACAACAUCACCUGUGGUCUGGAUUUCGAUCCAAAAUGGUUUCAAAGCGUGCUUGCCAUGUGUGCUCUUGCGGAAGACGUCAGCAACAUGCCGGAAGGGGAUAUGUACAACGUUGGUAGCAAUGGAGUAGGUCUCAGUGGUGGACAGCGGCAACGUGUGGCACUCGCUCGUGCCAUUUAUUCGAGACACCGAACGGUUAUCUUGGAUGACGUGUUCAGUGGGCUGGACUCCAAGAGUAUCAGUCAAAUAUCCACUCGCCUCUUCGCCCAGGAUGGUCAUUUCCGACAGAACAAUAUCUCGGUUAUCCUCGCAACGCACACUCGAAGUCUUCUUCGUUUCGCUGACGACGUCAUCGCUCUCGAUGACGGCAACGUUGUUGGCCAGGGCCCGUAUGAAAAGGUUCUCACCGAGUCUCCUGAUGUGAUCGCCAAAUCAGCGGAAUCGGACAAUGACAGCGAACGUACAGCUGAGAUACAGACAUUGCAGUCUGAGAUCAAGACAGCGGUUACUCGGAUCGAGACUGCGAAGAAGGAAGAAGAGGACCGCUUGAGGAAGAACGGCUCGUGGUCGGUGUACAAGUACUACUUUGACCAGAGCGGAUGGAUUGUUCUGGGCCUCUUCCUCUCUGCGACCGUGAUCGAGUCCUUUUGCGCCGGUUUCACUACCAUUUGGUUUCAGUGGUGGGUUGAGGCAAACGGAGAACACCCCAACGAGAAUCUCGGGAAAUAUCUUGGCGUGUACGCCGUGUUGCUGGUCUUGAAUAUGACGGCCCUCACUUUGGAGUGCUGGUUGAUGUUCAUCCGCAUCAUCAAUGACACAGCAUCGGGGCUGCAUGCGGAGCUGCUCCAAACGAGUUUGAGCGCACCACUUAGCUUCUUUCAGUCAACAGACACUGGCUCAAUUACCAAUAGAUUCAGCCAGGAUCUGAACUUGAUAGACAUGACUCUCCCAUCGAACGCAAUCAAUUUCGCCACCAACUCAUGUUCCUGCGUCAUCAAACUCAUCAUUCUCUGCGUCAUGGGUAAAUACCUUGCAACCUCAGUUCCCCUCCUGGUUGUAGUACUCUAUUUUAUCCAGCGGUACUACCUCCGUACCUCGCGCCAAGUUCGUCUUCUGGACAUCGAAACCAAGGCGCCCAUGUACACGCACUUCCUCGAGACGCUCAAGGGCGUAGCCACGAUUCGCGCGUACGGAUGGCAGAACAACUUUGAAGGGCAAGCAGCAUCGCUGCUGAACCGCUCCCAGAAGCCUCAUUACAUGCUGGCUUGCAUUCAGCAAUGGCUGGCACUCGUUCUGGAUCUCGUUGUCGGAGCUCUGGCUUUGAUCGUUGUGACGAUGGCUACAUCGCUGACGGACAAGUUCAGUCCCGGGGCCAUCGGUGUGGCCAUGGUACUGGUUCUGGGUUUCAACCAGGAACUUGCGUGGACUAUUAGGAACUGGACUGCGCUUGAGACUUCUAUCGGUGCUGUGGCGAGAAUCAGGCAGUUUGCCGGUGAGACGCCUUCUGAGCAGCGCGACUUAGGAAGCAGCGGUGCUCCUCCGCCAGGAUGGCCGUUGAAGGGUGCCAUCGAAUUUGAGAACGUUACCGCCAGAUACUCGUUGGAUACAGAAGCGACGCUGAAGGGCCUCACCCUCUCCAUACACCCGGGCCAGAAAGUUGCCGUGUGUGGUCCCUCUGGCAGUGGAAAGACCUCUCUCAUCUUAUCACUUCUCCAGAUGAUAGAGGUCACAGAAGGUAGUAUCCAAGUCGACGGGAUAGAUCUCGCCACCUUGGACAGAACAGAAGUUCGAGCCCACGUCAACGUCAUCCCUCAGGAGCCUUUCUUCAUGCCAGGCACAGUCCGAUUCAACCUCGACCCCCAUUCUCGGGUGAGCAACGAGGACAUCAAGACAGCACUCGACAAAGUUGGCCUCCUCGGAAAGAUCGGCAUGGCGAGUGGUCUGGAUGCCGAGUUGGAUGCGGGUGAGUUCUCCGCGGGAGAGAGGCAGCUGCUGGCGCUGGCGCGAGCACUCGUUUCCAAGAGCCAGAUCUUGGUGCUUGACGAGGCAACGAGCAGUGUCGAUGACGUGACGGAAUCCAUGAUGCAGAAGGUCAUCGAGAAAGAGUUUUCCCAACCGACUGUCAUUUCUGUCAUCCACCGCUUGCGAUUCGUGGAGAAAUUUGACAGAAUUUUGCUUCUAAAGCAAGGCAACAUCGUAGAGUGGGACGCUCCGGGUGCCCUGUUGGGAAGGGACUCUGAGUUCAAGAGGUUCUUUAACGCUGUACAGAACUCUCAUUGA